AACGUCGAUCAUAAACAGUCAUUGGCCGUGUUCGAGAGCAUCAAAUUCGUGAUGUAUCAUGGGUAAAUAGUGACUGACUGACGGAUCUACAAAUAAUAAUGAGUGGUUAUUUAUGAGGCACGGUGAUUUGUAGAUCAAUCAGUCGGCAGUUUCCUCCACAGUCGGCUGCAAUUUCGAACAAGACCAUUGAUGUCAACAAACCCCAUGUGAUCGUGCGACGCGAGCAAGCUUCCUCGACGCAGCGUAAAAUAUAUCGAGAUGAAGGUAUGAAGUGCAAUCUGUAGCAGUAACAGAGGAGCCCAAGGGGCUGCUACCAGCACAGGUACACCCAGUGAGAAGAGGCAGAGACCAUGGACCUGAGUGAGAGGAGGCCCAACAAGUGGUGGACAGAGUCGGACACCUUUGCCAUGCUGGCCCUCAUUGAGCAGCUGGACCUGGUGCAUGAGCUGGAUAAGAAGCGCCAGCGCAACGACUCGCACUUCCGCCGCCUGCGCUACAGCCUGGCCAAGCGGGACAUCCACUUCACUGUCAACCAGAUACGCAACCGCUGGAAGAGCCUAAAGCACAAGUACCGCAAGAUCAAGACGGCAGGAUACCGUAGCCCCGCUGCACGCCUGUCCGCCAUCGAGUCGUUCCGUUACUUCCGUAUGCUGGACCGCAUGCUGGCCAGGAGGGCCCGGGUGGGGGUCCCAGAGCAAGGCACUGCAGAUGGACACAAUAUGGUGGUGUUGACCCACUCGGACCUGGAGGAUCAUACUGAUGGUGAUGUUGCCCAGCCUGACUCUGUGGCCCCUUGGCAGGAGAGCCUGGCUCCAGCUCUAGAGGGAGAAGGAGACAAGACUAACGCCAUCCCAGAAGAGGCCAACAUCAGCACUUCGGGCUGGGCCCUGAAGUCAGAAGAGAUUAUGACUUUGGGUCUAUCUGGAGAGUAUCUUUACCCAGUGAAGAGUGAGCCACAUUCAGUACCCUCUUUACAUGAUGGGGAGGAAGCUAGUGACCCCACUAGCUGCAGUCCAGAAGAACAAACUGGCACUUGUGAGGACACCAGCACCCUGAUCCUCCAGCAGCUCACCAUCCUGAACCAUCAGCUAGGGGAACAGCUCGCUGAGCAAAGGGCCUUCCACUGCAGUAUGCUGGGUAUGAUGGACCGACAGAUAGAGGUCCUGGAGCAGCUCUCUAACUUCUCCACAGACCGCCAGGUCAAGACCGAACCCGACGACAGUGACACUCCUAUCAGCCAGCAGGUCCACAACUCCCUGGUGCGCAUCCUUAGAGGAGUGGAACAGGUCCAAACCCAGGGACACCAGCCGUGCUCAUGCAAGGCCUCCCCCUCACAGCCUACAUCUCCCUCCUGGACGGUCUCUCUGUUGGAGAUCCACAAAGGAUCACCCUCCAGGGAUGGAAACUCAACUAGUGACACAUCCAACCCUCAGCCCUCAGACCAUGGGCGGCCUGAACCUCAAGGACCAUCCCCCUCAGAGCAGCUUUCCCCUUCCCAACAGAAGGGUGAUCUGCUUAACGGACUCUCAAACAAGUGCCAGCACAAGUGAGUGUUCUUGUAGCUUCAUAGUGGAAUGUACAGUAGUGGAACGUACAGUGCUCUGACAGAGGAGAGCAUACACUCUUAGAAAAAAAGGGUUCCAAAAGGGUUCUUCAGCUGUCCCCAUAGGAGAACCCUUUUAGAUUCCAGGUAGCACCCUUUUAGGUUCCAGGUAGAACCCUUUUAGGUUCCAGGUAGAACUCUGUGAAAAGGGUUCUUCAAAGGGUUAUCCAAUGGGGACAGCCAAAGAACCCUUUUAGGUUGUAGAUAUAACCUUUUUUUGGGGAGAAGAAAAAUAAUGGGUGCUUACAUUUAUGAAUGAGGGACUUGUCCUUUUGAGAAUGUCUUAGAAUAAAAAAACAUUUUUAUUUUUUUACAACUUCCCUCUUUUGUUUAAUUUUGUCAUGUCCAAAUGUUUUAAUGUGCAGAAGUAAAUCAUCUGAUGUUUUAAUCAAGAUCAUUUUGACAAACCGUAGCGCAGAGGUUUAUUUAAUCUAGUCAAGAAGAGAAAUUCCAACUUACCAGUUAUCAUCCACUGAGACAUGCUAGAAUCCCCAAAUGAUGUUGAAAUGUAUGUUUCCGUACUAGGAAAAAGCACACUUUCAUGAGGAUGUAAUGGUGUUUGAUUAACUCAUGCAAAUGUAUGUGGAAGCUGGGAAAGCAAAAGCUUCAUCCAAAUGUAUCCUCUUCCCUAAAUGUUCCCUUUCCUAAGCAUAUAGGAUAUUUUGUGUAACUACAUUUCUACUAUGAAAACUUGUUUAGAAAAGGGCCUUUGUCGAACUCGAUUUGCACAGCUGUUUGCAUAGUACUGGAUACACACGGCUGCUUUAAUUUAGGCCUGUUUUACUUUGCUUUAGCUUUGCUGAAGAUGAGAGGUACUGUAGUGUGUAAGUGCAAUAUGGUAAUGAAGUCUACAUUUGCAAUCUCACAAGAGACUCAUUCAUCCAACAUGUUUAUUUAGAUUUUGAGAUCGCUUCAUUUGUGUCCUGGAAUUGUAUUACCACAUAUUGGCAGUACUGCAAUUAGGCAUGUUUUGCUUGUAAUGUGUUACCUGGCUGCAAUUUAAGUCGGACCAUGUAUUCAAACUCUCAAUUUACUUAAAAAUAGGGUAUCAUCAAGAUACUGUAGACUCGCACACAGAGAAUAUUGUUUUGUAUUUUUCUCAAAUAUUUACAAAACUGGAAAUGCUGUAUUAAUACUGUAUGCUUAUAAUAUAACUUAAAGGUCCAAUGCAGCUGUUUUUAUCUCAAGAUUAAAUCAUUUCUGGGUAACAA